AUGUACGCGUGGCGAGGAGAAUAUGCUCGCGAUGUUGCUACGAAUGAGCUGCAGGAAGUCAAGAUCAAGCUUGAGGCCAUAGUCUUCAUCGUCUCGCUGAUCAACUUCCAACGUAAGGGCGUGUUCAACGCGCUACACUGUUACAUCACCUUUGUGGAGAACUGGGCCAUAGGAAAGGAGUUCAAGCGGCGCGAUGGCGAUCCGAAGCGCAUGAUCGCCUUUCAGAAAGCGCUGAACUACACCCACUCGAAAUAUUGGGAGAAGAUGUAUCCUCAGAAUUACUACCUCGUUCUACUUGCCACCCAUCCAGACUAUCGUCGGCGCGGUGCGGGCACUGCGCUCACUCAAUGGGGUGUCGAUCAGGCUCUGGCUGCUGGCAUUGACGUAGGCCUUGAGGCGAGUCCGAUGGGAUUUCCACUGUACCAGCAUAUGGGCUUUGUUCUGUUGGAGAAUCUGGUAAUUAAGCCGGAUGCGGAUGACGAUCCGGCGAGUAUGCUGCUGAGGGUGAUGGUAUACGACAAGAACAACAAGUUCUCAAUGGUCUGA